CCAGAGAGAGAGCAGGAGAGCGCUCUACUUAAACCUUUUUGACGCCACUAAAACUCACGCAUCAAUUUUGCAGAUCGACGACUGCAGUAUGCAAAUCAAAUUCAAUAACAUGUUGAUGAUUUUGUGCAAACUUAAAGGUUGAAUUAGAGCGUCCAAACACUAAAAGGAACAGCAGUGCUUUGAUGGGAUUUAGUGAAAGCUUGACCUGUCAGUCAACAGUUGUGCCCCCCUUGUCUCUUCACCCUCCCCCGGGCAGCUGGCGGGAUAAAAGCCCACGCACGUCCCGCAGCAGCCCCACAACUCUUCUUCACCUCACCAUACAACACGCAGGGAAAUAUGCCAGCUUCACCGCCCGACUUUGGUGCGUUCUUCGUGGACCGUAGCAUGGGGAUGAUGGCCAUGGGCCCCCUCAGCCCCGGCUAUCUGGGGGCACAGCAACAGCACCUCAGCGUCCCCGUCUCCUACUCGGGACUACACGGAUACAACUUGAUCCCCUUGGCAGCCCACCACCACCACAGACACGUCACGCACCUGGGCAAUACCUUUGACCUGAAGACCGCCGUCUCCCCUUACUACCACGCGCUGCUGGCCCGCGGGGGCCCCUUCUUCCCGCCCUUCAGACCCAGCCCAGCAGAGGAGCCCGGGCGCGGGGUGGCCAAGGUGGCCACUCGUGAAAGCACGGGGGCGCUGAAGGCGUGGCUGGGCGAGCACCUGAAGAACCCGUACCCCACCAAGGGUGAAAAGGUCAUGCUGGCCAUCAUCACCAAGAUGAGCCUGACACAGGUCUCCACCUGGUUCGCCAAUGCGCGCCGCCGCCUCAAGAAGGAGAACCGUGUCAGCUGGGCCUCCUCCAGGUCCAAGUCAGACGAGGAAGAGGAGAGUGAGGACGAAGAGGAAGAGGAGGAAGAGGCUCUGAGGAAGUGCGACACAAACGCCGUAGACGAGUCGGAGCGGCCGGGUGUCGAGAGUGUGCCGGAAGCCGCGGCGGACGUGGGAGUGACGUCACAAGAUGGGGGCGAGGGCGCGCCUGUGGAGGCCCAUCACACGCCCUCACCUGCGAAGAGCAAACAAGCAGACACUCCAAAGCCCAAAAUCUGGUCACUGGCUGAGACCGCCACAUCAGAGACGCUGAAGAAACCAGCGGAGCACGCAUACCAGUCCGCGGGGAAAAUGUGGGCCGAGUGGGCCUCCCGAAGCGCGUGCCUGUUGCCAGCCUGUUACACUGCCCACGAAAUCCACUAAUGACAUCCCCUACCCUUCACAACCCUUAGACAAUGUCCACUAUUGAUGCACUUUAACCUCUCAGACGACAGGGAUCGGAGCUCAUCCCUGGAAAUCUGUUUCCAGACCAAAGAAGUUUUUAAUGUAAAUAAAUGUAGAUGUAUUUUUCCAACA